AUGUUUACAUCACUCAUCGCAGAGAUCAACGGCGUGGAACCCUCCACCAAGAAGAAUACACCCCAGAUCAAGUCAGCGAUUGCGCGAAAGCGUACCGUCGCGGAGGCUACAUCAACUUCUGCAACACCACUCCAACAGCGCGCAGUCCCUCGUCACCCGCAACAGCGUCAAGCAAUCGAUCGGUACAUGGCUGUUGCGCACAACCCAUGGAGGGAGCCAAAGCGCCUAACAAAAUCCUCAUACGAGGUAAUGAAGCACCAAGAGCUUCUCGAGGAAGCGCAGAUUCGAGGGCUUGAAAUCGACAACGGGGAUAAGACAUACCUCGUAAACAUCUUGAUCAUCGACGACGAGGCCUACGCCAAGCUGAUGGAGGUACUUGGUUGCCGCUUCAGAGCCGCCGACUUUGCACAGGGGGAAGUGAAGCUUUAUAACCAGGAACUGAAGCGUAAGCGAGCUGAAGCAGAGGCAGAGGCGAAGCAGCAACAAGCGAUCUGUGAGAUGCAUAAGAAUGCGAAACGAGAUGCGCGCGUCAAGGCCGAGAAGCUGGUAUGGGAGAAGAAGCAGGCUGAGAGCAAGGCUACUAAAGCCAAAGAGCAAGAGCAGCGGAAGCGAAAGAGAAGCGGCAACGUCGAUUCUGGUUGCUCUUCUGCCCUCAAGAAGGCUAAAUCCAAGCAUGCACCGGCGGCCGCUUCCCGCUCGAGAAAGAUUGGCACCAACAAGGCACUAUCAGGCGACAGAAGAUCUGUCAAGACGAGUGUUGCCAACGACAUGAAGGAUGCGCACGACGACGAGGAGGAUGAAGAUGGACUUGGCGACUUCAUUGUCGAUGACCUGCCGCAGAAGCCGAAGCGCAAGAGCGAUGUAGGCGGCAUGGCAAGGAGCAGGUUGAUUGCUGGGUUUUGA